UUUCUUGUCUGGGCGUUGAUCACUAUGGGGAGUGUGUUCCUAACAGAGGACAAAGCUAACUCUGUGUUAAAAAGAUACCCAAGAGCCAAUGUAUUUUUGGAAGAGAUAAAGCAAGGGAACAUAGAACGUGAAUGCAAAGAAGAAGUUUGUAGCUAUGAGGAAGCAAGAGAAGCUUUUGAAAAUGAUGAAAAGACAAGGGAAUUCUGGAAAGACUACACAAAUGGAAUUCAGGGAGAAAGUAACACUGGACAUAACUGGUAUUCAUUUUACCUUGCAUUUCCGUUAAUCAUUGGCCUUUUUGUUAUCCUUAUUGUCGCUUUUCUCGUGUGGAGAUGCCUGUUUAAAAAGAAAAUUCGUAGACAGUCUGCAUAUGUGCAUAGGGGAGCACAUGAAGCCAUUGGUGAUAGUGCUGUGGCUGCUGGUAGAAGUCCUCUCCCCCAGCCUCUCAGCAUUGUUCAUUCCCCACAGGAAGAAAUGUAUGAAGGCAGUGGUCUGUCACCAGGAUUUCUGAGCUAUGCAGAUGGAUGGUCAGACUCAAUAUCAACAAGACUGUCAAACGGUGACCCUCCCCCUUCGUAUGAGGAAGCCACUGGGGACACCAGCAUAAGAAGUGAAACUGAGCAUCACUUAGAUCCACCCCCACAGUACGAAGACAUUAUAAACUCCAGCUCAUCCAAUACAAUCGCAAUGACUCAUGUUGUUACCAGCGUUAAGUAAAACAGGAGGAAUACUACCAGCUUUUUAACUACGAAGAGAAUUUUGUAGCACUUUAUUGCAGCUUAUCCAUAUAUAUAAUUUAAUGGUCUCAUAAGGUGUACCUCUUCUCUGUUGGGUUUCCUUGAUGCAUUUUUCCAUGCCAGUUUUGAAGUUGACAGCAUGGAGCAGGUACAGAUGUGGUUCAUACUGCCCAAUACCCCAUUUUCAGGAAAGCCAUUUAGUCUGAAUGAUGUCAGUGUUGCAUACAGACUUAGUGUCUCCUCCCUUCUGGUGCUGAAAAUUGUCAGAAAUAAAGAAUCUAUAAGCAGAAAUUGUAGAGAAAAUAUUUCUUGCUAUAGGAGCAAAUUUUAUGGCAUCUCAAGUUUCUUGCCUGAGUAUUUUUUUCCCUUUUCAUUUAGAGUUUUCAUUACAAAUGUCAUUGUACAUUUCAGCCUUAGACUACUGAGAAUAGUAUGCCAUUGUGUGGCCAACCAAAAACAACUAGGUAUCCUAGCUUGACUAUGAUACUUCCACAGCCCUACCAUUAUUAGAGGGAUUUCAUUAACUGAAGAAUUUUGGAACAUGAGGUCAACUACUUGCAGAGAAGCAAAAAGUUAAGUGAUGGUUGCAAUUAGAAAAGAGCCUGCUUUUCCUUAUCCUUCCUUGUAGUCCUGAUUGUCACAGUGUAGUCUAGAAAAAAAUACGCAGGUACUGUAGUACUUGAAAAUACAGAUGGGAAUUAAUAAUCAACAAGUGCUAAAGAUACCAGCUAAAAUCCUGGCACCCUGGAAUCCCAUUCCAAAACUGCCACUGACUUUAAUGGAGCCAGGAUUUCAUCCAUAGUUUGUAAAAUUAAUCACUGCAAGGGCAGGGGAGCUGGUUGCUAGGAAAUAAAUGGAGGCAGGAGGGCAACCAUCAGUUGCUGCAUUGUAAGUACCUGUAUACAUACUCCUAUCCUGCAGUAUAUGAAAGCUGAACCAUGGAAGUUCAGCCCAUAUCAGCUCUUUUGUUGAGAGCUGAGCUAUCACGGUUUAGUUUUCACAUCUACCACAGUGUAAAGCAGGCAGUUGUUCCUGGUGAGGUUACCCAAUAUCUCAUUUUACCUCACUGCAACUGACUCAUGUACAAAUACUCCAAGAUGGAAAUUUUUGUUAAAAAGGAAAAAGAGGGAAAGCUUUUACCAGUUUUCUUUAAAAGCUGUAGGGAAAAUGGUGUCCUCUUGCUUUCUUAAAUGAUUUGCAGCUGUCCGUGUUUAUUUUGUGCACUGGUAGUUAUGAUAUUUCAAUAUGGAUUUGCUAUGGAUUUCAAUAUCCAUUUCACCAAAAGGAUGUAUUGGUUACUGCUGCAACAAGGUUUUUUACCCGGAAAGUUAAUUUUUUAUACAUUCUUGUAUAUUCUCAAAAGCAAUUAAAAUACAAGUUUAGCAUGUCUAUCUAAGACAGGAAUUUUGAAAGCAAAUUUUUUUCUGACUGUGAAUACAUGUCAGGACUUAAUUUAUUCAGGGAUUAUAGAGGUGCAGAUUCAUAUGAAGCUAAAUACUAAUUUAAACUGUUUGAAUAUCUAUAUUAAACAAACCAGCCUGGAACCUGAAUUGGUUAAAAAGGAUGAACCCUUGGUGUAGUGUGUUUGUGUACCCCAUUUCAGGUUAACUAAUAAAAAUCCAUUUUGGCUUUUUCCCUCGCAAAGAAACCUGUUGCAGGAGAUUUAGGGCUGUUCUGCAGGCAUUUUAAGCUCUAAUUUAGUAUUAUUCAGCCCAAUUUUAAAAUUUAAGUGUGUAACUUGUUGCUGUGCCGUAUUGGCUUCCUUAUGACAAUGGAAAUCCAAAAUACAUCUUGUUCUGCGGAGCCCCUUUUUUUGUCAGUAACGUUCUAGCUCACUAUGUCUUUAAUAGCAUGCAUUGGUUAUUAUAGAUAUGGACUUGGAUCACAAUUUUGGUUUUGGCUUGUCUUUUUUCUCUCAGAAAUAUAUGUGAUUGAAAAUUAUUUCAGGCAGUUAACUCAGAUGUGUAUAUAUAGAUAGAUAAAUAGAUACGAGUUAACUGCCUGAAAUGUGUAUAAGACAAUUUACUGAUAAAUGAGAUGGAGGUCCUUUUUAAUUCUCUCUAACCUCUUUCAUCAAACAUUUUGGUGGUGUAUGUCAUCAGUCCUCUCUAACGAGGAGAGCUUCUAUUGGCAAAGCUGAUUCCAGAGUGCAUUAGAAUUGAUGGGUGAGCUACAGACUGUCAUCUACUGUCAAAUAGAUCAUUGUUUAUUUGUAAUGCUGGACCUUUUGUAGGUAAAUGCAAUAUAUAGUGCACAUCCACUCUAUUUAGCACCAGUGGGGCCCAGCACUGUAAUAACACAGAUGAAUGCCCAGGGCACAGGGGGCAGCAGUGACUUCCAGUUGCUGCCAGUGGCCGUCUUUCACCCACCCUUCCCACCCCUACCCAGGUAGCACCCAGGGCAGUUGCCUUGGUCACACCACCCUAGUUAUGGAACCUCACCUGGGGUACUGUGCCCCUCCUACCCUCCGCUUUCAAGAAAGAAGUGUACAGAUUGGAAAGAGUCUAGCAUAAAGCCACAAAAGUUGUUAGGCGUCUAGCAAACAUGCCUUAUGAGGACAGGCUGAAAAAACUAGACAUUUUGUUUCUGGGCCAUCUGAAGUUCUUUCUCUGAAGUGAAUUAAAUUCUUAUGAAAAGUCCUAGGUUGGUGGCUGUUGAGAUUUAAGUUAUUUCUGGAUAGCACAACCAUUAAUAUAUAUUGCCAAUCCAUUAUGCCUCAUCUCUGACAUGCAGGGAGCACCUGUAAGGGGGGAGAAUUGUUCAUUUUCCAUGCCAACAACAAAUAUUGGCUUCUUUUGAGCCACAAAUGGGGCUGCCAGUUGUAGGGGAGACUUUAUUUAACAUAGGAACUCCAUAGAGAUCACCCAUUUCAGGUAGAUUACUAAGCAGCUGUCAAAUAAGCUCUGUAACAGUCUAGUCUAGAGAGAGGCCAGUAACUGCUGGGUAUGCCACUACCAGCUUUUACUGUCUUAUUUAUCCAUUUCUUGAACUAAAAUUGGUUGUUACAACAUAGAGAUAUUUUAUUUGCAAUACAGCAGUAAUACUUUUCCAAUAUUUUCAAAUAAAAAGACCAAACAUUGAAAAUGCUCCAUGACUGUAGUUUUCUGGGUUAUGUUGUUGAUCAAAAACACCAUACAAACACAGUUUUAAAUUCAUUAGCCAAAGUUCUCAGAGAAUACUUUUGCACAGUUAAACAAAAUCAUUGCAUAUAGAAACAAUGUUAAGUGCUCUUUCUUCUACUAAGGCACAAGUAUCUUUUCUAUGUCAGAAGGAUUUCAAAUUACAACAUAUUUCUUACCUUUUAAAAGCAUUCUGUUAAAUGUAAGAAGUUGCAAUUUUUUUAUGCUUGGCCUUUCUGAUUUGACUGAAUGGUAUUAAUAUGUCUGGAGUUUUUUUAUAAAGCUUACUUUUUGAAAACUACAGUAACUAUUUUUUCUUCAGCUGUAAUGAUUCUUCUGCAAUAAAAAGGAUUUACAGCCUUACCUCACAGUAUGUUUUUCAAGUGUCAACAUGCAAUGCAGUCUGGAAUGAUUACCAGAAUAGACAGGGUAUUGCUUUCCCUGCUUUGAAUGUAACAGCGAGUUGCAUCUUGUAUACAACUAAAAUGAUUUAUUUUCUGAUGACUAACUUGCAUAUGGGUGUUAUUGUUUAAGAAAUUAUGGAAAUUAAAUAUUGGCUUAGCUAGUGUUUAAUACGGACAUCUGUGGAGAUAAUCUGGUCUUCACUGCAUGUAAAUAACCUCUAUUUGAUUACAGUAUUAAAUAUUUUUAAGAGAUUUGGUUUACAUUAAAUUAUGAUAUUUAAACAUUUUGCUUAUCUUUCUAGAAGAAAUUUUCAGUGAAUGUUUGUUUUGGGGGUAUGCUAAAUAAAGCUCUCUUAAAAUUCA